AUGGCGCAGGCCGCGGGCUUGGUCCAGUAUGACAGUAUUACAGAUGACAGUGAAGAAACGGAGAAUCACGUGCCCGCCGAUGAAAGCACCGCUACUGACCCGCAGGCCUCAACAGACGACACAGCAAAAAAAAAAGUGCAUCCGGAUGAACGUUCUUCGCGAAAAUAUGCCAUACCGAUCGCUGAACUCACAACGGAGAUGGCUAAGCUUUUAAGAGAUGUUAAGGUUUUUUUCACCAAAGACAUUAAUUUGGAAAGAAAAGGGUCGCCCAUUUCUCCCUCGACCUGGACGAAGGCAAAUGAGAGAAUUCUAUGUUAUCUUGGGUUCUGUAGAGACACGCUUCAUUACAAAGACAUCAGCCCAGAUCUAUUUUUAAGAACACGGUUACUCGAAAGGUAUCUGGAUUAUUUAAAGACGGACAGGAAGCUUGCAUCGUCUACCCUAGCCAAUCACGCUGCCUCCUUGAUCUACCCAGCAAAAUUCUUGAACCGAGAACACGCCGUCACCCUCUACAGGGAUGUCAAAGUCGUUUCGCAGCUGAGGGGUGCCUGCAAUGCGUUUCAGAGGCAGGCCCGCGCUGCGCAGCCCACGCAAGAGGACCUUGUCAAUGCAAAUAAGUGGUUGCCAUGGGAUGAGGUGAUUCAUUGUGUGGACAUGCAGACAGAAAGAUUUGACAUGGCACGCUCACAGAGUGCCAAGGCUAGGGAGAAGGACAAGAGAUCCGGACACUGCGAAUUGCCCCGUCCGGUGACAGAGAACACGUCCAGGGACUGA